AUGCCGCGAAAGACAACAGGCUGCUGGACCUGCCGCGCGCGCAAGAAAAAGUGCGAUGACGGCCAGCCCUCGUGCGAUGCCUGCGCCAUGCGGUCCAUCACAUGCUACGGCUACGGCGCGAAGCCUGCCUGGAUGGACGGCGGCGACGAGGAGAAGGAGAUGCUGCGCACCAUGAAGCAGCGCGCCAAGGAGAGCUACAGCCAGCGGCGACGGGCCCGCGCCAUGCGCAGCGCGGGCCACGAGGCCAUCCCGGCCAUGACUGCGUCGACGUCGACAGCGUCGCCCGGAGGCAUAAAGAGCGAGGGCAGCGACAGCCCGGCGACGUUGACGACGACGACACUCAGCGGCGGCAGUAGUCGAGACCAGCAACUACAGCAGCAGCAGCCUCAUCUUGCCCACGAAGGUCAACUUCAAGAUCUGGAUCACGAUGCAUAUCGAGAUCAAGAUCAACAUCAACACCAACUGCAUCAACCGGAUGGCCAACACGAUAUGCAGCUGGACGACCAAUCGCCGCCGAAUAAUGACGCCCAACGCAACUACCCGCAUGUCCCCCAUGGCCCCCACGUCCUUCACGAUCAUUACGACAGUCACAACAAUCCCGACCGCCAUGGUCUGCAUGCCUUUGCACACAACACCCGCAAUCACCCGGAGCCUAUGGAGCCUCACAUGUCCUACACUGCCCAUCCAUCCUCUUAUACCUCGCAUCCGCAGCACCAACCGCUGCCUCCGCAACAUCUCUGCGGUCUCCUCCAGUACGAGGACACACCAUUGCCUGCCAUCCAGGAGCCCACCAAAACACUGCCAUACCAGCGGCCCCGAUCACGGUCGCCACCUCCACCUCCACCUCCGCCUCCACCUCCGGUGCCCCGCCCGACCGGUCGCUCCGGCUCCGACUUCCCCUACAGCGAGAAGGAGCUGUCGCAUCUCAUGUACUACUUUGACCACGUCUUCCCACGGCUGUGUCCGUUCUUCACCUAUUCGGCCGGCGACAAGGGCCGCGGCUGGCUGCUGAGCCUGUUUCUGCGCACGAAGCCGCUGUGUGCAGCGGCCAUCUGCAUCAGCGCGUGCGACCAGGCGCAGUUUGUGCUGGGCCCGCUCAGCGACAUCCCCGAGCGCACGAACCAUGACCUGGAGAUGCAGCACAUUGAAAUCGUCGUCGACCUGCGCAACCAUCUCGCGCAGCUGUCCCAGCAGACCGGCGCCAGCCGCAUGGCCGUGGCCGUCGAGGCUCUGGCGUGCGUGAUGCACUUGAUUUUAUUCGAGCUCUGGAUCCCACGGCACGGCGAAGUCAACGACUGGGUCAUGCAUCUGGACGCGGCGGCCGCGUUGCUGUCGUCCGUUGACUUGACCAUGGUCAAUGGCAGCAGCAUCGCCUCUGACUCGCCCAUGUCCAUGUCCAUGACCAUGUCGACGCCAUCCGACAACAGCGGCGGCGGCGGCAUCAGCAGCAGCAGCGCGGCCCACAACAACGGCGACUCCAUCGAGUCGUUCUUCCCUGUCGAGUUCCUGUCGGACGGUGAGUUGUCGGCGUUCAAGUUCUUCCUGACGCAGUACACAUACGGCUUUGUUGCGUCGGCCGUCGGGCACGAGCUGACGCCUCGGUCCGUCGAGUCGAUUCAGCGCACGCAUGCCAUUUUCCACAGCAACCAGUCCAAGAUCCGCGACAUGUUCGGCCUCGAGGACUGGGUCUUGACGACGAUGCUGGACGUGGCCGUGCUCAAGGCCUGGAAGCAGCGCGAGCGCAGCGCCGGCACGCUCAGCCUGCGCGAGCUGACCCGCCGCGCCGACGUGCUCGAGGCGCGCAUCAGCCAGGGACUGGCGCACAUGGCCGCGUCGGGGACGGCGGCCGCCAUCCUGGCGUUGUCGGCCGAGGCGGCCAGUUCGCCGCUGGCAUCGUCGUCGCCGACCUCGGACGGCGCGCGUCGGCCGACGCGGCUGACGCGCGAUGAACGGUCCUACAUGGUCACAUCGGCCUUCCUCCAUGCCACCCUCUUGUUUCUACACAUUGUCGUGUCCGGCUUUUACCCGAACCUGCCCGAGAUCCGCCGCGCCGUGCUCCAGACCAUCGAGGCCCUCGAGUUUAUGCGGGCCAACUGCGACAACAACAUCCCCUCGUGGCCCUACUGCGUCGCGGGCUGCCUCGCUCUCGAGUCCGAAUAUCCACGCAUCCGCGCGCUGUAUCCGGUGCCGAAAAAGGGCCAUCACCCGCUGGUGCUGACCCAGUGGACGCUGGCCAUCAUUGAGCGGUGCUGGCAACUGCGCGCGGCGCAGGCCAACCAGACGGAGGAGACGGUGGACUGGGUCACGGCGAUGAACGAUUUGGGCACACGGCUGCUUCUUGUGUGA